GAGACGCAAAAAUCUGACAUCUCCUCCGACUGACGAUGAUUUGCGAUAUGUGCGAGAACGACACCUUUGAAGAGGGAGAAGAUGGGUAUUUUUACUGUCGACAAUGCUCAAGUCAGGCGGUAGGUAUUAUCCAGACAGGCGUCGACGGCGAAGAUUUGGGCGGAGCCGGCGGCGGCGGGAUUUAUGAUAAAAAAACACGUUCGCCGUAAAAGACCACGAAAGCCAGAGCCAGUAAUCAAAUUGAGAUACGAGGAUUAUUACAUGGAGACCAGAGAUAGAUACGUCAAAGGUUUACUGAUGAUGAUAACUUAUCAGUGCGAGGCGUUGGUUGAGAAAUUCAAAGUGACGCCAUUGAUCAUUGGUUUGGUCGGACCCAUCUGCUUACGGUUUGUGUCUCUCUCAGAGGUCUUCGAUGAUGAUUGGGCUGACAAGGCUAUUCGUGACUCCGAGCUACUCCAAUCAAAGGUGGUUAAGCGGCGGCGUAAAGGUGUUAAAGCCGAAGAAGAACCUCACAACUUGCAUGGUAAAAGAGCAGUAACGAUAUGGGUAAGUCUGCUUAAGAAGUCUCUGCCUUUAUCUUCUUCCCUGGCGAUAUCUUUCCUUGCUUGCCACAAAGCAAGAUCACCAGUUCUACCCACUGAUAUAGCGAGAUGGGCACGGCAAGGAGAUGUUCCUUACUUUUCUUCUUUUCUCAAGAUUCGAGAGCUAAUGGGAGAGAGAUCACCUGCGUGUCCUGUGUCUGCCACCGUUAUGUUUAGGCCUAUUCAGAUUGUUUCUGCUCAGAGAUUGGAAGCUCAAGCCGCUUCCAUUGCCGAUUUCAUCGGUUUGCCUUUGCCUCCUGUGAAUUUCUAUGGUAUUGCUUCAAACUAUCUACGGAGGUUGUUUCCCACAAAGGAAAAGGAAAAGGCGGCUCUUCUUGAUCGGGUAUGUCUCUUACAGAACUGGUCAAUGCCUUCGGGUUUGUAUCUAUCCAAGAACGAGCUCAGGUUUCCCACUCGUGUCCGUGUCAUGUCUAUAAUUAUCGUAGCUAUUCGGAUGCUUUAUAACGUCAAUGGUUUUGGUGUUUGGGAACGGAGCUUAUUGGGGGGUUUGCUUGAUGAUGCUAGUAGUAGUAGUCGUAGUGAGGUGGAUGCAGAGUUAUCGAAACCAACUGAAGAAUUUGACACUGUGGAGCUUUUGAAAAACCUUGAAACUGAAUAUUACAAGGAGGUCGCUGCUGAAACCGUUAAUGAAUAUGAAAAGGAUCUUACAUCAUAUUUAUUGCACGGGCGAAACGAGAUGUUUGCUGGCUUAGUAGAAGCAUCAGCUGAUGACACUUACAGAACUGUUGAUCAUCUGUGGAAUAGUUACCACCCGAUAGACGAGGAAUCCGAAUUGUCUAGGAUUCCAUCCAAGAGGGGAAGAGACUGGGACGAAGAUGAUUUAUUACUUAACCAACUGUCCUUGAACGAUGACAAGUUGAGGGAUAGAGACAACAACUUUUGUAGCAGUCGUCGUUCAAGAAAAAGCGAUUGUGAUGAGCCGCCAUCACCAGAUAAUCAUAUUAAUCACGACAAGGAGAAAGCGAUAAUAAGACUGAUAACAGACAUGGGGGACAAUUUGUUCAGUUACAUACCGCCUCGCGUGAAGGUAAAGAGACUAGACUAUCUUCAAUAUUUGAGGAAAAAAAAUGAUGGAGCACUGAUAUACGCGGCUCACGCGGAUUACUACAUUCUUUUACGGGUCUGUGCUAUCGUCGCUGAGAUUGACCCAAGGAAUUUGCAUACAAGUGUGUUGAGCUUUGAGAGAAGAUUGGCUUGGGUGGAGAAAUAUUCAAUCAUGCAUGUAGUGAUGAUGGUCUUUGUUUCUUAUAGAGAAUCAGUGAUGGAUAUUCUGAGAAAACUGUUUACUGUCACAAGGACAUUAAGUAGGUGAUUUGGAAUCUUACAUGGUAAAAAAGCAGUAACGAUAUGGAUAAGUCUGCUUAAGACGGCGUUCUUUAAUUUGGACAAAGAGUUUUUAAUCCAAGUUUUGUGAGAACAUUUUUUUGGAGACAGAAUGUAGUUUGCUGUUUCGGCAGGAGAA